AUGGCGCAGCAGGGCGCGACCGGCGGCGCGGAGGCCGACGGGGACUGGAAAAAGGGGCUGACGAUCCCGCCCAAGGACACGCGAUUCAAGACCGCGGACGUCACCGCCACCAAGGGCAACAGCUUCGAGGACUACCUGCUGAAGAGGGAGCUGCUGAUGGGGAUCUAUGAGAAGGGCUUCGAGGCGCCGUCGCCCAUCCAGGAGGAGAGCAUCCCCAUCGCCCUGACGGGCCGGGACAUCCUGGCGCGAGCCAAGAACGGCACCGGCAAGACGGCUGCGUUCGCCAUACCCGUCCUCGAGAGGAUCGACAACUCCAAAAACUCGAUCCAAGGCAUGAUUCUUGUCCCCACCCGGGAGCUGGCCCUCCAGACCUCCCAGGUGUGCAAGGAGCUGAGUAAGCACAUGGGAGUGGAAGUGGUGGUCUCCACCGGCGGCACCAACCUGAGGGACGACAUCCUGCGCCUGGGCGCCACCACCCACCUGGUGGUCGCCACGCCGGGGCGGAUCUUGGACCUGUCGCGCCGAUCGGUGGCGAAGCUGGACCAGUGCAUCAUGCUGGUGAUGGAUGAGGCUGACAAGCUCCUGUCACCGGAGUUCCAGCCCGUCCUGGAGCAGCUGAUAUCUUACCUACCGGAGGAACGCCAGAUCCUGCUGUACUCAGCGACGUUCCCUGUCACAGUCAAGCAGUUCAAAGAGAAAUUUCUCAAGAAGCCGUAUCUGAUCAAUUUGAUGGACGAACUGACGUUGAAAGGCGUUACCCAGUUUUACGCUUUUGUGGAAGAGAAGCAAAAGGUCCACUGCUUGAACACACUGUUCUCCAAGCUUGAGAUCAACCAAUCGAUCAUUUUCUGCAAUUCCGUCAAUCGUGUGGAGCUCCUCGCCAAGAGGAUCACUGAGCUGGGGUACUCUUGCUUCUACAUCCAUGCCAAGAUGCAGCAGAGCCACAGGAACCGCGUGUUCCACGACUUUCGAAACGGUGCCUGCAGAAACCUUGUAUCAUCAGACCUCUUUACUCGGGGUAUCGAUGUGCAGUCCGUGAAUGUUGUCAUCAACUUUGACUUCCCCAAGAACUCUGAAACGUACCUGCACAGG